GCCUUUUGGGGUUUGAUGUUAAGUUUAGUAGUUGGCAUCGUGAGAAUGGCGUUAGACUUCACCUAUGUGGCGCCAGUGUGUGGUAGUGGAGAACCAGAUAAUAGACCAGCUAUCGUCAAGGAUAUAGACUUUCUUCACUUUGCCGCCAUAUUGGCCAUAUUUAGUUUUAUUGCUAUGUUUGUAAUUAGCAUGUUCACACAGCCAAGACCGGAAAGAAAAUUAAGACGUGUUACAUUUUGGACUAAAAAUGAUAAAGAAGAACCAGAGCUAUCGUCAGAAGAUGAUGAAGAAGACGACAGAGAAAAAGAAAGGAAGAAUAGAGGAAACGAUGAUGGUACCGAAGACGAUGGCAUGGGAUCAAGACUAAGAAAAAGCUGCAAGGACUGGGUUUGUGGAACAGUUGAAGAUUCUAAAAAAUACUUGACGCAAGAAGAACAGCAACAAUUGCGUACAAAAAUGACGUCACUAGAAGAAAAGCCUCUUUAUCGAAAGUUAUUAAACAUUGCUGCAAUAAUAGUUGCGAUAUUUACAACAUUUUUAAUUGGCUUUUUCUAUUAAUGUUUUAGUUUUUAAAAGUUAUAUAGACAUUAUUAGUUAAUGCACAAAAAAGAUAAAUAUUUUUGGAAAUAAAAUAUAUCCGACCUGUAUUUAACAUUGUUCAUACAUGUAUGUGUUACACCAUUUAUUUUGCUUGGCUAUUGGCUAUCGUUGUAUUAUUUCAUAUGUGUGUGUGUUACACUUUCGUG